AUGGCGAGGGGCCGGGAGCUGAGCGUGCGGAGUGCAUACACGCAGCUGCUCGAGGCGCUUCUGCAGCUGCAGAGGGCCAUCAGGGACCGCGUCGACCUGCUGGUCCAACCCCAGAGGCCCGUGCCAGCAGAGGAGCAGGACGCCAACCUGAGUCACCUGAUGCACAGAGUGACCACCCUCCUGCAGUCUGGGGCGGCCAGCCGGCCCCCCGCGGCUCCCCCGUGCGCCCCAAGGGCUGCGGGGGCCACUGCCCAGGACCAGCUCCAGCACCCGCCGGGCUCCCUGCGUGUGACGUUUGUCAGCCCCGAGCUGUCCAAUCGGGGGAACGACAUCAUGACAUCGCUCAGCUCCAGCUUCCAGGAUCUCACGUCCUACCUAGCAGACAAGUUUCACAAAGACGAGAACCCCUUGGGCUUCAUUAACCUGGGUGUCUGCGAGAACAAGCUCUGCUCCGAUCUGGUGACCAAGAGACUGAGACGGAAGGACAUGGACCUCAUUGAGGACCCCUUGCUGCAGUACCCCGACAGGAGAGGCCACCCAUUCCUGCGGGAGGAAGUGGCCCGGUUCCUGACCCACUACUGCAAGUCCCAUGCCCCGCUGGACCCGGAAAAUGUGGUGGUUCUGAACGGCAGCAGCGCCGUCUUCUCUGCACUGGCCAUGGUUCUGUGCGACCCAGGAGAGGCCAUUCUGACCCCCACCCCUUUCUACGGCCCCUUCGCCUUGACUGCCCGCCUGUACACCAAAGUCAACCUGAUCCCCGUGCACCUGGACAGUGAGGUCAGCGGGGAGAGCCCGCGUCCGUUCUGGCUCACUGUGGACAAGCUGGAGCGAGCCCUCUGGGAUGCUCAGCUGAACGGGAAGAAGGUCAAAGGCAUUUUGCUCAUCAACCCUCAGAACCCUCUGGGAGACGUUUAUUCCCAAGACUCCCUGCAGGAAUUCCUGGAAUUUGCCAAGAGGAACAGCCUCCACGUGAUCGUUGACGAGCGCUACCUGCUGUCUGUGUUCGACAAGUCCAUCACGUUCCACAGUGUUCUAAGUCUCGGGCGUUUACCUGACCCCUCAAGGACUCACGUGAUCUGGAGCACCAGCAAGGACUUUGGCAUCGCUGGUUUCCGCUUUGGGGCUCUGUACACCCACAACCAGGAGUUGGCUACGGCUGUGGGCUCCUUGGGCUUCCUCCACGGCCUCUCGGGCAUCACUCAGUACAAGCUGAGCCGACUGCUUCAGGACAGAGAGUGGAUCGACCAGGUGUUCCUGCCCGCCAGCCGCAACCGGCUGCAGGCUGCUCACAAGUACACCACCACCUGCCUCCAGGGGCUGAGCAUCCCCUUUCUCAGCCGAGGCUCCGGCCUCUCCAUCUGGGUCAACUUGCGAAAGUACCUGCACCCGUGUACAUUCGAGCAAGAGCUGUGCCUCCAUCGCCGCUUCCUGGACCACAAGGUGAUCCUGUGCCCCGGCAAGGCCUGCAUGUGCUCAGAGCCAGGCUGGUUCUGCCUCGUCUUUGCAGAGAAGCUGCCCCAGCUGGAACAGGGCCUGUUUCGUCUGCAACAGGCACUCCUGGAGGAACAGCAGGAGCUUACAGAGACACUGGUGGACGACGCCAUGAGGGGGUGAACUCUGCUCCCAGCCA